GCAAAAAUAAUUCAUAAAAAACUGGACCCGAUAACUUCAUCAGGAUCAGGGAAAAAAAGGCGUAUGGCGACAGUCGAUAUUAAAACAUGCAGAGAGGCAGAUGAGCUUGGGGCCUUACUGAGAGGAAUGAGACUGCAGCAGAGGCGAGAGGACAGGGAGAGAUAUGCCUACUGCAGCCCGCCACACAGAGCCAGAGAGAGAUGACCACUAUUAUUAUUCCAUUGUUAUUUUCCCCUGCUCAUUGAUUUGUGCAUGAAAACCUAGUGCUUUUCUUUUUCUUCUGUAUGCUUGCCCCCCUUCUUGUUUCCUGCUCUUUGAGUGAUCAGCUGAUGAAGAGGCUAGCAGCUCGCCGCUAUGCUGGCUUGCUAAUUCUCUCCCCUCCAGCUGCAGCUGCAGCCGAUCCAGCUACAACCCAUCCUGAUCCACAGAGCCAGACUGCAGACUGCAGCCAGGUGGAGGAGAACGGGGUCUUGGAGGACAUGGAAGAGGACAUCAGCCUAAAGAAACGGAAAGGUGAUCCCCACGGCGACAAAGACUCAGAGCCCCGAGACUCUGGCCAGGAAGCUGAAGGUGAAAAGGUCAAGAAGCGCCGGGGACGACCUCCAGUGGAGAAACUGCCCCCCAACCCCCCCGAGCUCACCAAGCAGCUGAACACACUGGUGGAUAUGGUCAUCAACUACAAAGAUGGGUUGGGCCGUCAGAUCAGCAAAGGCUUCAUCCAGCUGCCUUCUAGGAAGGAGGUGCCAGAGUACUACGAGUUGAUCCGAAAGCCUGUGGACUUCAGGAGGAUCAGGGAGCGUGUGCGCAAUCACAAGUACAGGAGUGUGGGGGAUCUGGAGAAAGACAUCAAACUGCUGUGUCACAAUGCCCAGACCUUCAACCUGGAGGGAUCUCAGAUAUUUGAGGACUCGAUUGUUCUCAAGUCUGUGUUUGAGAGUGCACGACAGAGGAUUGUCAGUGAUGAUGAGGAGAAACAGGACAGCACUGCCAUCCGUAAUGAUGACGGAGGUCGAGACAAUCAGUUGGUUUCAUGAGCAGUGAAAACGGCGACAACGCAGGCGACACAGAGGAUGAAGGAGGAGAGGAGCAGAAAGAUGAAGGUCAAGAAGACCGUCAACAGUGAUGUAGACAGCGAUGAGGAUCUGGAGGACAAUACAGCUAAAGAUGAGGGUUGACCUGGAGGACCAACGCUAGUUCAUAUACCCUCCUUAUCCUCUUUCUUUCUCUCCACUAUCACUGUUUUUGCAUUGCAGCUUAUUAAUUUGCUCACCUUGCAAAAAGGUUUGUCUCAUCUCAAGUCAAGAAAGCUACUCAAAGGAAUGUACGUACUUAAUGAUGUUGGUCCUCGAGUAAUUCAUGCAGCCUUAAACGUUCAUGUCUUUUUACUAUUAUUUUGCCUUUACGUUUUUUAAACAUUUUUUAAUGAUGUUGUUCCCUCGGUCUUCAUAUGAAAGCUGCUGUGUGUAUCCUUAAUGCUUUACCAGAGGAUAUCUCUCCACUCUUUUUCCAUGAGUUGUUUUUUUAUUUGAAAGUGUUAUUACUUUAUGUGUGAAAUUAUGUAUUUCUGCUGAGACGGAGACCACCCUCAGAGAGUGGCGCCUGUUGAUAACAUCCCUAUAUGUUGUGUACAGGUACAGUGAGGGAAAAAAGUAUUUGAUCCCCUGCUGAUUUUGUA